GCUAUCUUGAAAAGAGUUCUAAAGGUGUCUCAUCCAUUAUUGGAAUUAUAUGCUUUGAAAGUAUUAAAAAAUCAAAUUCCAUUUAUAGGAAGAAAAUGGCGACAAAGUAAUAUGAAAGUUAUUACUUCGAUAUAUUUGUGUUGUCGCCCAGCUCUUAGGGAUGAAUGGAUUUCGUCAACUGACGCGGAUUCCGAAAUGGAUGACGCUUUGCCUCAGGAACAAAACCUUCGAACAUUAAUUAAAUUUUAUAAUGAAAGAAAUUAUUUUCCUCAAUACGAUCAACAAAGCGACAU